AUGUCAUAUUUGUAUAAAGUCUGGUGUGCCAAUAGGCAAAAAACAAUAUCACUCGUACUUAAUGAAUCAGAUAACAUGCUGUCGGAUGUUAUUGUAAAAAGUAAUAUCAAGGGCAUUGCUGGCUCUGUUCUUGUUAUGGAAAAAGAUGGCACAAGAGUCGAUGACGAUGAUGUUCUAAAAUUUUGUGCCGGUGAAACUUUUAUGUUGCUGCAGCCCGAAGAAUCGUGGUCUAUACAAAAUGAAAUUGAACUUAACAAAGCAUCUUCUGCUUCACUCGCAUCUAGUUUAAACGACGAAACAUUUUUUUCAUUCUCAUCAAGUUCGCGAUCCAUUUCAUCGCCAACAAAUGAAAUAUCGGAUAAUAACAUACAAUCACGUAAUAAAAAUUGGAAUAGUUUUCGAAUACUAUGGGAUAAUUUAGAGUCAACAGUCAUCGAAGAACUACAAAAUGGACGUCGCAGCAAAUAUGCAAUUAAUGCUGUUGUGAAUCGUACAGUGUCAAAAAUGCGAAAUGUACAAAACUUUAUACCAUCUAAAGCGUUCAAGAUAAUAGCUGAAAAAAUUGUCGAUAAAUACCCACAAACUUUCAAAGAUAUAGAUGAGGACGGUAAAUGUUUUGGAGACGGAUCUCAUACAACAUAUUUAAAACUUCGAGACCGAAAUUGUUAUUUAAACAGACCACAUAUGAAAAGAUGUUUAAGCCGAAGCUUAAAUAUACCACUGAAAAAACAAAAAAAAGUUUUGUCCGCUAAAGCUGGGUGCAGUAAUUGGCAGCCAGAAAAAUAUGUUGAUAACGAAACAGAAGAGACAAUAGAAAAUAAGAGUAAAUUUCUACGUCAAAUAAUCCAUGAUGAUUCAUCAAGAAGCGAUCCUAACAUUCAACAUAAAAUUAAUUCAUAUCUUGAAGCUACAUAUCCCGCGCAAAGAUUGUUUCUCAACAAUGUUCAUAAAAUACCUAGUAUUGAAGAUAUUAAAACCACAUGGCCAAUACUUUUACAAAAAAAAUACAUGUUCUGGCAUUACAAACAACUAAUGGGACAUUCUAUAGAUCUUCUAAAGAAAGAAAUCUUAAAAAAACAAGAAAAAAUACUCACUUACGGACAACAUAAAAAAUAUAACGAUAUCAUUAAUUCAAAUAUCCCUACAGAGCUAAAAUUAAUAAAAAUUAUUAUGAAACAUUUCAAAGAAGAUUUUGAAGGAUUAUUUAAAACAUAUCCUGAAGGAACAUCCUUAGGGGAUAUAAAACUACCAAUUAUGGCACCAUGCAUCGUAAUCAUAGAUGAUACAACAUAUCGAAUGUUUUAUUUAUAUAUAGAAAAUUUAUUGAUUGAAAGGACAUAUUGUUUUUAUGAAGCCUUACAAAUAUUGAUGUCUGUAUAUUACAUUUUCAAUAUGGAAUAUCCCAAAAAUAGUACAUGUACCUUCGAAUUUUUACAAAGAUAUUUUUUAAAUAUUCAUCCAACCGAUGCCUCAAAAUCUCGUAAAGUGUCAACGAAAUAUAAAGUCCUUUCAUUGUUUAAUAAGUUAAGAGACAUAUCAGACAAAGAAAAUAUUACUACACACAAAUAA